CAAAGGCAAAAUAAACAAAGCCCACAAUAUUACUUUAAUGUGAAUACAGAGGGACACGCGUUUAACUUCCCUGAGUUUGAGUCACCUACAGGGUUCAGGGAAAUUAGGGAAGAAUGGGAUUGUUAUGGGCCUUGAGUGUGAUGAUGUUUUUCUGGGGUACAGUUACUGGUAAGGCACCUCAGACUGUUGGCUCAUGUGUUCAUAGCACCAGAGAGAAGCUCACAGGAAGUAUUGGACAGACAUGGCCCAAUGCAACAGAGCUGGACUUCUCUCAGAAUUGCCUGAACCUCACUCACUCCAAAAGCUUGCAUCCAAUUCAGAGGUUUGGCCGAUUAGUCAAGCUGAAUUUAUCGGGCAACUAUCUCCCCCUGCUGGAGAGAAACCAUCUCAGCAGGCUUUCUGCAUUGAAAGUCCUUGACCUCAGCAGAUGCCAGCUUGUAGGCAUAGAGAAUGGAGCAUUUCAAGGAUUGCCAAACUUACAAACACUGCUAUUGGGAGGCAACAAAUUGCAAGACCCCUUACCUACUGCCCUUAAAGACCUCAGAGCCUUAUCUUUCUUGGAUCUCCAUGGCAACGGACAUAUUAAGAAUGAUCCCCCGGACUGGAUAAAAAGGGUACAGACCGUGUUUUGGCCAGGCAGCUCUGGGUUCAUGCCACCAGGAAAUAAAUCUGAAGGACAACUCAACAUCCCAAGAAAAUUUCAAAGGAAGCUGUUAUCAGAUUUGGAGGAUCCUACCACAACAAGCAUCAACAGCACAGAAACCAACAAUAAGAGUCCCUCACACAGUUGGCAGUACCUCGUGGCUGUCUUGGUCACAGCCAUCUUGAUCUCCAUCAUUAUCACGCUUGGGGCCAAAUUCAAGGUCUUCCACCGUUACCUGGCCAGCUACCGGCACACUCUGCUUCCCGAGGGUGACACAGCAAGCCACUGCGACCCCAUGAGCCUGGAUGUAGGCUUCUCUGGACAGGACAGGAUGGUCCGAGGCCCGCGCACUGUCGUGCCCGCUGAACUGGACGAUGACGAUGGCUUCAUUGAGGACAACUACAUCCAGGCCUGUGAAAGGGAGAGGGCCGAGAGAGCCGCGGAGGAGAUGGAGGGUGAGGAUGAGGACGAUGACAUUCAGUUUACCAUCGGAUAACGCCAAGGAGCAAGAAACAGCAAGGACAAGGAAGCAGCUGUAAAUCUGUUGGCUACUGUGGUGAAAUAAUAUUGUUUUUUUUCUUCUUUUUCCUCUGCAGAUACAAGUUGGCAAAAAUGUGUAUGUGUGUUGAAUGUAUUGGUAUUAUGUUACAUUAGUUAAGUGUGAAUAUUAGGGUCUAGAGAGCAAAUUUACCCCUUCGGGCAUUUUUCUUCCAGAGAGAAAACACUCCACCCAUGCUCUAGGCGCAUCAAUAUAAUUCCCAAUUAAAUGCUACAUAAAAUUGA